AUGGUCCUCCUCGUGACUUCUGACAACGAGCAAUUCACUGCUGAGAAGGAUGUUGUUGAGCGCAGCGUGCUUAUCCGCAACAUGCUUGAGGAUGUUGGCGAAUCUGACCAACCCAUUCCCCUCCCCAACGUGUCGUCGAGCGUUUUGAAGAAGGUCUUGGAGUACUGCGAGCACCACAAAGGCGAACCCCUGCCCCAAGCUGAUGCCGACCAAUCUCAAGACGAAACUCGCAAACGGACCACCGACAUUUCAGAGUGGGACCAAAAGUUCAUCACGGUCGACCAGGAACUUUUAUUCGAAAUCAUCUUGGCUGCUAACUACCUCGAUAUCAAACAACUCCUGGAUGUUGGCUGCAAAACCGUCGCUAACAUGAUCAAGGGCAAGACUCCCGAGGAAAUCCGAAAACUUUUCAACAUUGUCAACGAUUUCACCCCGGAAGAAGAGGUUUGUUGUUUUGCCUCGUGUUGGGUUAUCGUGCUAAUCGCUUGUUUAAAAAGGCUCAAAUCAAGAAAGAGAACGAAUGGGCCGAAGACCGAUGAGUUGGUUUUGCGUAGUAUGACUUGCAAUGUAUACUUGAUCAUCGUGACAUCGUUAUUUGAUGACUCCCCCUACUUUUUGCCAAACACCACAUUCAUGCCCCCGCGCAUUCCUGAGAUCCCCGGUCAACGUGUCGAACCCCAUUCAGAGCAGGAAAUUUGGUUAAGGGAAAGUGUUGCGAGUAUAUCGGGUGUGGACAAGAACAAGUUUCCUGGCAGUCAACCCGUCAGCUUUUCUCAAGCAGAUUUGGCUCGGCUCGAAUCACAAGACUUCUGGGUUUGCGAAAAGUCCGAUGGAGUCAGAGUCCUACUCGUUGUCCUUACAGACCCCAGCACCGGCAGUCAACUAGUGUAUCUUUUCGACCGCAAUAAUGACUUCUAUCAUGUCGAUGGGCUGUACUUUCCUCAUCACGAAAAUCCGCAACAUCCUAUGCUGAAUACCAUCGUCGAUGGCGAACUUGUGUAUGACGUUGAUCCACGAACAAACCAAGAAACGUUGCGAUUGUUAGCUUUCGACUGCUUAGUUGUCAAUGACCAAAAUGUCAUGUCGCGACCGCUGGACAAGCGUUAUGGCAGGCUGAAAGAAUGGUUCUACAAACCUUUCGACAAAAUGAAACGGGAUCACAGCCAUGUCGUGAAAACCCAUCCAUUUGACAUUCGCGUCAAGGAGAUUAGGAUGUCCUACCACGCGGAGCAAGUUUUCGCCGACAUGCCCAACUUACAGCACGGUAGCGACGGGCUAAUUUACACAUGCGUGAACGCCCCGUAUACGCCUGCCACAGACACCAAUAUGUUAGACAACUUGAAAUGGAAGCCACCGUCAGAGAAUUCUGUCGACUUCAAGCUGAUCCUGCGAUUCCCCCCGUCACGAGACGAUCCUUCGGUGCCGGACUUUUGUGCGAAACCGGUCUUUUUAUUGCAGGCCUGGUGCGGCGGUGAUCGCUAUGAACAAUACGACUCAAUGUAUGUUGACGACGAGGAGUGGGAACGCAGAAUGAAGGCUUCUGGCGAGCAAUACGAUGACCGGAUUGUGGAAGUCCACUGGGACCCAUCUGUCAACGGCUGGCGGUGGAUGCGCUUUAGAAACGACAAACAGAACGGGAAUCAUCGCUCCAUAGUCGAGAAGAUUAUUCAAAGUAUCAUGGACGGAGUCGAGCAGGAUAUCCUCUUUCUCCAGCUUGUUGAGCGCUCGAAUGCUAUUCGGAAUGCAUGGAAAGCGCGACAAGCAAAUCCUCAAGCACAACCCCCACCCAUUCAGCCAGCUCCCCGACCUACGAACCAUCAUUCACAGCUCCCGCCAUUAGACCUCCGAUACGGCACGCUCGCGACUUCGCAAUGGAGUAAAGUUAGCGGGCCACCGGUUGUCGCGGGCAUGAAACGCUAG